CGGACUGCCUCUGGACGCUCUACAGUUGCGGUGCAACGCCAAGAUAGAAACUGUCGAAUAUCAUGUCGUGUGUCGAAAGGUCGCAAGUCUACGGCUGCGACCAGCAUACGCAAGGCGUCCUGCACAUUACUAUAAUUAACUUUGGCACCCUAAGAAAUAAGUAACACAACAUAUAGGCGGCACACACUAAGCCAGACUGUUGCGCCAACGGCCCCACACCCGUCUGACGUCCCCACGCGGCAGUUCAGUGUAGCGCUUCUUCUGCCUGCCACGGCGGCCACAACAACAGCCAGCCAGCACCGAAAUGCACGACGAGACGUCAAAUGGCGGGGAGCUGGUCGCAGAGGUUGCCUCGCGUUUGGAGCGGGUUGGCCUGGAGGAGGGCGCCAGCAUCUGCUGCCCAGCUGCAGCCAUUUGCCCGACCCUGUCAGCAAACGUGCUAUCAGUCAUCGGACAGCAUCUCUCACUCGAGGAACGGCUCAUAGCGGGGGGCACAUGCAAGCUCUGGCGGACCGCUCUGCAUGAAGGCACCAGCCCGCUGCUGCAGUGCCGCCUGGACGACGGCUCCUCCGCCGAGGCGCGCCGCCACUCAGCCCAGGCCUGGGCGGGGCUGCUGGUAGCUGCUGCGGGUGCUGUGGCAGCGGCAGGGGGGCGCAGUGCCGUACAAAUACACACACGCGCGUGUGUGACGCUGUCCAGCAACCUGAUGAGCGGGGCCUCGGCGGCGGUGCUGCUGUCCGGGCUGGCGGCACACACACAGCUGCAACACCUGUCCGUGAUACAGGCGCCGCAUAGGUCGGCUCACACGCUGCCGGCGCGGCCGCGUGCUGAGAACGGCCGCCUGCGGCGCCGGGCGCGGUGGGCCCGUCCGCCGCUGACGGUGUUUCCGAGCUGGUGCUCCCGCGAACUGUACCCGCUGUGUGCGCGCCUCACCAACCUGGUCAGCCUGAGCCUGAGGGACUGCGUUUUCAUGCCCGGUUUCGACACCUGGAUGCACGAGCUGCGCAGGCUGCAGCGGCUGGAGCUGGUGCCUACCCAGGAUCACGUGUGCACGCACAUACGCGGCCCGGGCCCCCGGGGCAGGAUGAGCUACUACUUCCCGCGCCAGAUGCGCUUUUGCCUGGCGCCCAGCUCUUGGCCCUCGGGUCGCUCCGCCGCGCUCACCAGCCUCUGCCUGGGCGCCUGCCUGGCCUCACCCACAGACCUGGCAUCACUCGCCACCCGCCUGCCCCGACUCAAGGCUCUCCGGCUUGAGUCCGUGCCGCUGGACGAGUACCUGCAGCCGCAGCGGUACGGCAUGCCGGCGGGUGGCCUGCAGCGGGAGCUGGGGGCCGUGCUGCGGGAGAUGUUCACGCAUUUGGACGUGCUGGACGUCAGCCUGUGUGUUGCCAACUCGUGCUCGCCGCACCGGUCCCUGUACGACUGCGACGGCGCCGUACGCCAGAGGGAGCUGCGCGCCCUGGAGGCCUUCCUGAUCGGCCUGGCGGGGGCGGGCCCCGGCAUUGACGGCAGUAGCAGCAAUAGCAGCAGCAGCAGCAGCAGCAGCAGCAUUGCCGCGAACGGCAGUAGUAGCAACGGCACUAGCCGUGGCAGUAGCACAACCGGUGCCGCUGCCGGUGUCGGUGCCGGUGCCGGUGGCAGCCCUGGCAGUAGCUGCAAAGCUGCCGGGGCCGCCGCGACGCGGCGUGCCGCGAUGCGGCUGGCCGGCUCCUACGACGUCCUGGUUCACACCGAGCGCCCGGAAAUUGCCCGGCUGCUUGCCGCGAUCGGCGACCCUGAUGACACGUCGGUCCCACGGGUCGUGACGAUUGGGGGCCGGAGGUAUGGCGUGAUGGCGGAGGUGGGGCGGGAGCGUGUGGCCGCGGGCCUGGCGGCGUGGCUGCCGCUAUCGGAGGCGGAGGCGGCGUGGCAGCGGGCCCGGGUGGAGGAAGCGGCGGCGGGCGGCAACAGCAGGUGCGUCAGGCAGGAGGAGGAGCAGCUGGAGUCGUACGUGGGGCGGUGGGGGAGGCGGUAGCGCGAGUAGAGGUAGGUGGAGUAGGAGGUGGCGUGGCGCGUGAGGAGGGAACCGAGCCAAGUAUCGUAGGGAAAGUCGGAGACCGUGGGAAAUCCAGGAGCUGCUGGGGGAGGGGGGGAGGCUCGACAGGGUGCGAGGAUGUGCCGCGCCAGAAAGGGUUUACCGCUCGAGGGUAUCAUGGGAUCGCGCAAUUCUUUGUAGGACUAAGGAUGGCCAGUUGCAGCCGUCUGAGGCCAAGAUGAGCCGGCCCCGACGUCGAAACCGUCGCCGGUCUGCCCGCCGGUUGCGUUGCAACAGGGGCCAAGCUUCCUACGGCCGUUGGGUUCGUAGACCUACAUCCCAGUUGAAUUUUACUUUUUCACGAGAAGAAAUUAAUGUAACGGGGACGCAUUGACUCCGAAGUAGUCGCACGCGGCAAUUAGGCCGAUUUCAACUUAUGCUUUUGGACACAGUCAAAAAGCCGGUUUGAGGACGCCAAUGGGGAGCGAGUACGACUGCCCUGAGCGUGGGUGUUGCGUGAGAGCUAGUUGUCUGGGCUUCAUAUUAAGAUCUUUACUUAGGCAACGUGUGCGUUGUACCAGGCCUAGCAGUCCUCAAUGGGACAAACUUUGUUUGGCCCGAGAGCAGAGGCGCGUGUGCCUGAGGCUUCUGAAGUAGAGAUUUACUUGGCCACACUUGGGCGUAGUGAGGCCUAGCGGUUCCCAGGGGGACAAGCCUCGUCUGGCCCCAGGGCAGAGGCGCUCGGCGGCGCUCUUCGUUCUAAAUCCAGCAAUGUGAUCGGCCUGGACCGCGGUUUUGAAACGGAGCGAGUGGAUGGCGAGCUAGCGAUAACGGUAAUAUCACGCAGCUUCGAGCUGGACCUCACCAGUUCCAUGGCGAUUACAGGCAUGACGACACCCGAACCCGCACCAAGCCAACGACGCGGACUGUCGGUUUGUCUAGUGACGUUUUAAGUGGUGCCUGUGUACAGAUUGUUAGACGGGGAUUGGCUGUGGACCAUGUCCUGCACUUGCCCGCGCUGCCCACUAGCUUCCUUCCUCAGGGUCACAGAGGCGGUGACACACGUUACGGUCCCCUGCCAGCCCGGGGUAUCGGGGCGUUUGGGCACUCACGUAACGAGCCUCCCUCCUCGGGGCCUGCCUGGCGGGGGGCAGAGGCGUGGGCUGCCACGUGACGGCAUAGGUGGGCGCCUUGGGGGGAGGGUGAUGAAUGCAGUAGCUACCAUGCGCACGCGCAGUCGCGGUGGCUUGGUCCUAGGAGGGAUACCGGGGCCUCCCCUUCUCGGGGCGGAGAGACGUUGGGCCUCGUUACGGUCCCCCCUCCUCGGGGUUAAGGGGGCGCUGAUGCACGUUACGGUCCGCUGAUGCACGUUACGGUCCCCUGUCCCGGGGUUAUGGGACGUGUUGCACCUACGUGAGUGGCUCCCUUCCUCGGGGUGGCAGAGGCGCUGAUGCACGUUACGGUCACCGCUAACUGUGCCGCUCCAAGCACUCUCGACGCAGGGACAGGAUAUACGUCCGAGGACCAGCGGCGGAAGGGCGUCGCCGCCGACCAUGACGUGCUUGGGGGGUUGGGCUUCGCCCGGGCAGGGCGGUGCCCGGGCUUGGUGAUGGACGGCAUCGACGCCAUUGUGGGCGGGGGAAGGGGCAGUGCGCAGCAAAUGGGGUCAGUGGGAGGCGCUGCCGGACUCGCUAUGGGAGAGGCAUUGUGUGCAGCAGGCGCCAUGCAUGGGUCUGAUACGUGCCGUACGCAUGCAGUAGUAGGGGCCACCGCGGGUGGCCGGACAUGUUGUGGGGGGUGUGGCCUCUGCAUGCGCCGGUUGCGGGCUGCAGAACGCGCCGCCCGACAGGCUCGGGCGGCGGCGGCACUUCCCCCAAUCAUUGUUGGCACCCUCCCGGUGCGGCAGAAUGGUAGGUGUGGCUCAUUUCUUUUGGCUGGAGUUCGUGCGGGGAAGGAGACCGGUGACCAGGGUGUAACACGGCGGCGCGGGGUUGAGCAGGUAUAGAUGUGUGGGGUGCACUUGCAACGGACAAGCACAGAGGACGAUGCAGAUGACCGCCGGGAUCGGGCAGUGAAGUCCCGCGGGGUUGCAAGCAACAUGGCAGGCGUGCGAGCGGUCCAUUGCGGCAUUAAAUUAUGCUUUUGGACACAGUCAAAAAGCCGGUUUGAGGACGCCAAUGGGGAGCGAGUACGACUGCCCUGAGCGUGGGUGUUGCGUGAGAGCUAGUUGUCUGGGCUUCAUAUUAAGAUCUUUACUUAGGCAACGUGUGCGUUGUACCAGGCCUAGCAGUCCUCAAUGGGACAAACUUUGUUUGGCCCGAGAGCAGAGGCGCGUGUGCCUGAGGCUUCUGAAGUAGAGAUUUACUUGGCCACACUUGGGCGUAGUGAGGCCUAGCGGUUCCCAGGGGGACAAGCCUCGUCUGGCCCCAGGGCAGAGGCGCUCGGCGGCGCUCUUCGUUUUCCCGCCCACCCUCCCUGCGAAGAGCGCGUAUCGGAGUGAAGAGGAUUCCCACCGGGGGGUGUGGCCUCUGCAUGCGCCGGUUGCGGGCUGCAGAACGCGCCGCCCGACAGGCUCGGGCGGCGGCGGCACUUCCCCCAAUCAUUGUUGGCACCCUCCCGGUGCGGCAGAAUGGUAGGUGUGGCUCAUUUCUUUUGGCUGGAGUUCGUGCGGGGAAGGAGACCGGUGACCAGGGUGUAACACGGCGGCGCGGGGUUGAGCAGGUAUAGAUGUGUGGGGUGCACUUGCAACGGACAAGCACAGAGGACGAUGCAGAUGACCGCCGGGAUCGGGCAGUGAAGUCCCGCGGGGUUGCAAGCAACAUGGCAGGCGUGCGAGCGGUCCAUUGCGGCAUUAAACAGGCGGACUGGACCACGGUCUAGUCCCUGCACCGAUGCAAUUUCAAUU